AUGCUAAAACUGAGACGCUCGCAACGAUUGGGCGCUAGUAUUUAUACGGUAAGCGCUCUCGAUUAUUAUGAAGGUAAAAAUUUACUUUGGACCAUUUCGGUCCCGACGUCAACAGGUCCUUCUCCGUUCCUCCCGCUCCUGACACAUCCCUUGCGCUCGUACCUGCUAUUCGGCAUCCCGACUCUCUCCGUGCUCGGUAUCUUCGGACGACGUCAAUACAGACCAUUGCCCCUGCUCCACCGUAUUGCAUGCAUACGUGGGCACUUGUCUAUCGCUGAGGAACUACUCACGCAAGAUAUCAACACCAGUGACAUCCAUACUUCCUACGCCCAUCGUUCAUUUGUCUUGGCCCGAAAACACGACUGGGAGCGUGCCCUUCAGGAUGCAAUCCAGUCCAUCACCACUCAACCCUCAUUGAUAGGCUAUAUCUCCAAGGGAAUUGCCCUCUACAUCAGUCAUUUCCUGCUCUUGAUCAAGGCCAUCGCCUUUUUCAGUGCAAAUCAAUACGAUGAGGCAAGCCUGCUUCUCAAAGAACUCACUACCGGUUGUCCGAAUGCCGAUACUCGCGCAUGUCAUAUCGUGCAAGCAUAUCUACGUGUUGAACUCAGAUCUAAAGCCUUGGAUAGCAUGUGUUAUGAUGAAGCCGCCGACCACUUCACUGCGGCUGUCGAUUCUGGGGCUUUAUCGUCAACAUCAGACAUUCAUGAAAUAUAUGAGGACUUGAUCGUGUCCCUUGUCCAGCUCUUUGGCUGGGAUCUCAAAUCGGUGUGGCUCACUGUACACCAAAAACGCUGCCAUGCACUCCUUUGGGCAGGUAAACUUAAUGAUGCCAUGGCAUCAUACCGAUAUAUGAUGGACAAUAUUGACGAAACAACGAAGGUCAGCUGCCUUGAAUGUAUCAACGGCAAGUCAAGAGUUCGUAAUGCUUUCAAGCAAGAAUGCAGCGCAUUCUGUACUGUAAACGGAGAUGCCGCCCUCGCCGCCAACGAUUAUGACAGGGCUAUUGACCUAUACUCCGUGGUGAUCGACCUGUAUUCUGCAUCUGAUACCGUCUUUGCAAAUCGCAGCAAGGGAAAGUUGGAGAAAAUGCUAUGGGAGGACGCGCUUCUCGACGCGCAGAAGGUCGCCGAACUCAAUCCUUCGUCUCACAUUGCAUAUCAGUUGACACAUGCAGCGCUGCGUGGCAUGCAACGUUACGACGAAGCCAUUGAGGCCUUCAAAAUGAUGUUGUCUAAGUUGGACGAUUCUCCCGAAGUGCAGAUACAGGGUGUUUUGUGCGAUCGACCGGCGCAAAUAAACGCCUUCAGAAGGAGUAUAGAGUACAAGGAUCUUCUGUCAUCCACAACGAAGCAGUCAGACCUCAAAACGGAACGCAUCAAAGACGCAGUGGCGACGUACUUCCGCUGUGUCCUGCUAUCACACAGGUGGGAGGAAGCCGAGGCGCUGCUGCACGACAUCCAAGGUCGAGUUGUGUACGAAUUGAAUGGAAUUGGCGGCAUCGAGAAACUGCAGUCAUUCUGCAAAAUUGUUCGUGAUGCUGGUUAUUACUGGGCAUGGAUGGACACAUGCUGCAUCGACAAGAGGAGCAAUACUGAGCUUCAAGAAUCAGUCAACUCCAUGUUCGUCUGGUACCGCCACUCAGCACUUACCAUCGUCUAUCUAUCAGAUGUCCUUCCUUCAUCCGAGCCCGGUGCACUAGCGAGGAGUGUUUGGAACAAGCGAGGAUGGACCUUUCAAGAAUUAGUUGCUCCGAAAGUUGUAAUCUUUUAUCAGAAGGAUUGGUCGUUAUAUCUCGGUGAUUGCUCUUCCAACCACAAAGAGUCUCCAGCAAUCAUGAGGGACUUGAAGGAUGCGACAGGCAUAGAUGCACAGGCCCUUCUCUCCUUCCAUCCUGGGAUGAGUGACGCACGACAGAGGCUUCAGUGGGCGUCAUCACGCAUCACUACAUUGCAAGAAGACAUCGCGUACUCAUUGUUUGGCAUUUUCGAUCUCCACCUACCCGUAAUCUACGGCGAGAGGAAGCAGAAUGCGCUCGGGCGGCUCCUGCAGGAGAUCGUGGCACAGUCAGGCGACAUCACUGCCCUCGAUUGGGUCGGACAAUCAUCCGGAUUCAAUAGUUGUCUUCCAGCCGACCUUACUUCUUACAACACUCCUCCACACGCCCUUCCAUCUUUACCUGAAAAUCAGAUUCAGACAACUAUUUCUGCACUGCGAACAAAUACCAUGGUUGUGGAUUUAGCUUUGAAUCUUUACGAUCAACUUGAUAACAAUACGAGCGCUGCUCGAUUCGCAAACCGCAGACUGCAUCUGCCUUUUAUCACCUUCCGUGUCACAGACAUCAGUCUGAGCUACGAGCCGAUUGUUUCGUUCUCGCACACAAGGUCCACUCAGACAACCUUUGUGCUUGUCCGUCCCUGGGAUCGGUCUCUCCUCGAGCUACCUGACUUUGCAGAUCUGCCUCACGUUGGGGAUACAGAGAACGAGUCGGAUUAUUGGACGCCGCCUUCUUCUCCGUCAGACGAAUCGCCUCGUCGUUCUCUUGUGAAUGAGGAAGUUGUUGAUUUAGAAUCGCGAGCAUUGCGGUUGCUUGUUCGCCUUGGGCAGCCUUUCGCCGCAUUUUUGCUAGCGCGGCAGUGUGGCGGAGAAUACAAGAGGGUCGCGUCAGAAGCUGAUAUCAUUGUACAGGUCAAAGACAUAGGUUCUGUUCAAGACUUGAUGGACAUCAGGACGAUAGAAAUACUGUAG